AUGGAGUCUUUAGUUCUUAAACUCCAUGAAAUCUCAGCAGUCAAAUUUGGAAACUUCAAGCUCAAAUCCGGAAUCUCCUCGCCAAUUUACAUAGACCUCCGCCUUGUUAUAUCUUAUCCUUCUGUCCUCCGACAAAUUUCUCAAACUAUGAUUUCUUCUGUCUCGGACACUAAAUUCGACCUUGUCUGCGGUGUCCCUUAUACCGCUCUACCUAUAGCAACUUGUGUGUCUGUCACUCACGACAUCCCCAUGGUUAUGCGCCGCAAGGAAAUCAAAGACUACGGCACUUCUAAAGCCAUUGAAGGUGAUUUUCAGCAUGGCCAAAGUUGCUUGGUAAUUGAGGAUUUAGUUACUAGUGGCACAUCGGUUUUGGAAACUGCUGCGCCGUUGCGUUCCACGGGGUUGAAGGUCAGUGAUGCUGUUGUUUUGAUUGAUAGAGAGCAAGGUGGAAGACAAAAUUUGGAGAGCAAUGGAAUCAAGUUGCAUGCGAUUCUUAAAUUGACUGAAAUGGUGAAAAUUUUGAGGGAAAAAGGAAGGCUCGACGAGGAGAUGGUUAGAGUUGUUAUAAGAUUCUUAGAGGAAAAUCAGAAGGUUGCCACUUUGGAAAAUAAAACUAAGUUCAAGAAGGCACUGUCGUAUUUGGAGAGAGCUAAGUUGUCCAAGAAUCCAAUGGGAAAGAGGUUGUUUGAGAUAAUGGCCGAGAAGGAAAGUAAUCUGUGUUUGGCUGCGGAUGUUGGAACUACAGCUGAAUUGCUUGAAAUUGCCGACAAGGUUGGGCGUGAGAUAUGCUUGCUGAAAACGCAUGUAGAUAUUUUACCAGAUUUUACUCUGGAUUUUGGCUCAAAGCUUCGUGCGAUUGCAGAAAAACACAACUUCUUAAUAUUUGAGGAUCGUAAGUUUGCCGACAUUGGUAACACUGUGACCAUGCAGUACGAAGGAGGGAUCUUUCAUAUAUUGGAAUGGGCUGAUAUAGUAAAUGCUCACAUUAUCUCUGGUCCCGGAAUUGUCGAUGGACUGAAACUAAAGGGUUUGCCUCGCGGAAAGGGUUUGUUGCUACUUGCUGAAAUGAGUUCAGCUGGUAACCUUGCCAAGGGAGAUUACACAUCUGCUGCAGUGAAAAUUGCCGAGGAUCAUUCCAACUUUGUUAUUGGCUUCAUCUCAGUCAAUCCAGCAUUGUGGUCUGGUGCACCGAUAAAUCCUUGUUUCAUUCACGCAACUCCUGGAGUUCAAAUGGCGAUUGGUGGUGAUGAUCUAGGGCAGCAAUAUAAUACUCCAUAUUCUGUGAUCCAUGAUAGAGGUAGUGACAUUAUUAUCGUCGGGCGUGGCAUCAUCAAGGCAGCGAAUCCAGCUGCAGCAGCUCGCGAAUACCGUCUUCAAGGGUGGAGUGCAUACUUGGACAAGUGUAAGUAA